AUGGCCAUUACUAUACUUUAUAAACGUCGUGAGGAUCCGGCAUCAAUUGAUCCAGCAAUAAUCGAUAAUUUACUGUAUGGUGAUGAAGGACAUCCUCAAAUACCAGUAUCAUUAAAUCGUCUUUAUAUGUCUUUUCAUUAUUUAUCAUUAACGGACUUUCAACUCGUCCUAAAAUUAUUUCCCAAUCUAAGACAUUUAACAUUUUCAACAUCGACUUUCGAUUUGAACUUUGCUUCGUCAACAAUAUGGCACGAGUUUAUUUCCACAAAUCUAACAAAAUUAGAAAAAUUUCAAUUCUACAUACGAAUCACCGGCUCCGCUAUUCAACAAUGUCCAUCACCUGAACUUGUUCAUUCAUACAACAGCAAUCAUUACAAAUGGAUAGACGGUCCUGUCAUUAUGGAUUACAAUCAUGUUUUAGAGCCGCCAACAUUAGAAGUUUAUACCUAUUCACAGCCCGCACAUAAUAGAAAAAAUGCUGUAGAAUUUUAUGGAAAGCAACGAUAUAUGAAAACAACAAGCAAUACGAUUGAUGUCGAUAAAAAUAUAACAAAAUUAAAAAUUACAUUACAUGAUAAUGUUGAACAACUAGUAUUGACGAAUCAAAGCAGGACAAUUUAUCCAAACGUAACAAUAAUAACAAUCCAUUCACAAAUGACAACAAGACCAAAAGAAAACGAUCCUAUAAGCAGGUGUGAUAAAUAA